AAGAAAAAUUACUUUUUUUGCUGUCGUUCCAUCACCAUUAAACCAGACCUGUUUACACGAUUGACUGGAUUAAAGUAAUCAUCAUCAGGAAUGCUGCCGUGUUUUCUCUUGUUUUGGAUCGUUCUGCGUUGUGCAGACUCCUUUUCUGUCAGAGUCCCACCCGGUCCUGUGGUCGUGGCCCGUGGAGCAACGGCUUCUUUUUCCUGUGAAUUCGAGCCAGACUUAAAUCUCUCUAAUCUGGUGAUCAACUGGCAACGGGUAGAAGAUGAUCGAGUGGUUCACAGCUUCUACUACGAGAAGGACCAGCUCGAUCGACAAAGCUCAGAUUAUGUCAAUCGAACACAGUUAAACCACGAUGAACUUGCUAAAGGAAAUGCAUCUCUGAGUAUAGCAAAUUUUGGACUGAAAGAUGCAGGGAAAUACCUGUGCACAGUGAGCAACGGCAAGGGAACUGGCAAAGGAGAGCUACAGCUGGUCUACGCAGCUUUCUUUUCCGAACCGAGGUUAAGCAUCCAUCUCAAAUCCUCCGAUGUGACGGUCCAGUAUGAGAUGGAGAGCUACCCGAGGCCAGAGAUCCUGUGGCAGGGGUCGGGGGGUCAGAAUCUCACUAACCACCAGGAGGUCUCGUCUGCAUCAGAUGGAGGGCUGUACUACUUAAAGAGCAGCUACGUAAGCCAGAAAUCAGCGUUCAAUGUCACGUUUACUCUAAUAAACCCUGCUGCGCAUCAGGAGCUACAGAGGCAUGUUAUCCUCAGCUAUGAUGAGAACAUGAACUCCGGAACAUCCGUCGUGGCUCUGUCUAUAUUGUGUACUCUCCUCCUGUGUUCAACAGGCCUUCUGUUAUGGUUAUACUGCCGUGCCAAGCAGAGAUGACUUUGUUACUGGACUCGUCAUUCCUAUGAA